UUAUGUUAAGUUACCUAGCAUGUUCUCACGUUCUGUCAUCGCCUCACAGGCGCAAUUCUUUAGUAUAAGCACGUCGUUGGAUGAUAAACCCGUAGCCCGAGAUGAACAUCUUUCUAGAAGGGUAGCGAUAAGCUUAGAUCCCCCCAAGAUGCCUAUAAGUAGUAGGCCAAGACAAACCUCUAUACCUCAUCUAGCGAUGUUAUCAAACCGUUGGAUAUCGCAACCAGUCAGGACUCCGCUGACAAAUGAUCCCCGCAGAUAAUCAGGAAUACAAGUACAGACGCGGUAUCCUACAGAUGGGAAGUGGGCUGGCACCUAUUUCACUCACUAUGAGCCCUACAGUUGCAAUCAUCUCCAUCGGGGAGAUGGGUCUGGGCAUGGCUCGCCUCCUCAAAGCCCAUGACUACCGUGUAGUCACGGUCGCAGAAGGAAGAAGCGAACAUACCCUCGCGCGGAUCAACUCCGCCGGCAUCGAGACCCUCCCCUCCGACGAAGACCUAGUAAUCCAAGCCAACUACAUCCUCUCCAUAGUCCCACCGAAGAACGCCAUGGCGACCGCGCAACGCAUAGCUAAAGCAUAUGCAUACGUCUCGACACAGACCGGAGAGGCGAAUCGGGUAGUGAACCGGCCUAGACGCACCGAACUAUACUACCUCGAGCUCAACGCCGUGCCGGCGCGCAUGGCUGAGGAGAUGGCAAGCCUGUUCGCAGACGCCAACGUAAACUCUGACGAUCUAAACAGGUCGGAUAAGCCGGACAAGUCCGGCCAGUGCCACUUCCUCGAUGGCGGGAUCAUAGGCGGGUCGCCGCAAAGCACGCAAGAUGGGGCGUGGACAAAGCCUAGCGUGGUGCUUUCGGGCGCGGUGGAUCUGGCUCCUGCGCUGCAAUCACUGGCAGAUGUCUUGAAUAUGAAGCUUGUCUCGGCGCAGAUUGGAGCGGCGAAAACGCUCAAGCUCUCCUUUAGCGCGCUAACCAAAGGACUAACUGCCCUGUCGAUUCUGUCCUUCUCCACUGCGCAGAAGGCGGCGCUGCUUCCGCCGCUCUUGGCGCUGUUGGAGGAACAUUCUCCGCGAACGGCGGCUUUGGCAACUCAUGGGGUUAUUGGGAUGAGUCCCAAGGCGUACCGGUGGGAGGAUGAGAUGCGUGGGAUUGGGGAGAUGUUGGAGAGUGUGGGUGGGUGGGAUGUUGGGGGAUCGAUUUAUGGAGGCAUCGCAGAGGUGUAUCGGACCAUUGCGGAGGAUACAAUAUUGGGACAGGAACGAGUUGAGCAUCGUGUGCGCGGUGUGACGGUUGACGAUGCCGCUCGGAUCAUUGCUUCACGGGAAGCACAUAUGUCAUAGGAGGGGACGAUCGUGUCGGGAGUACAGUGUAGAAUGCCAAGCUACCUCGGAUUGGUAACGGGGUCCACGUCAUCCAGUAAACCGGCGGAGGCAGAAAGAAGAGAGUGGAGAGAGCAUGGAGACAAACCCCCUAUUUUCUGAACAGUAUAGCUUCAUCUUCUCUCUCUUCAUC